ACAUUACAACCAUUUGUAAAUAAAAAAAAACUCUACCCAAAAUACGUAUCUGCCUUGUUAAGACCUCAAUAAAAGUGUGACGUUUAAACGCUGCCUAACAACUGCCGCCAGGGAAUGCAGUUGCUGCUCUUCGAGUGUGUGCGUGUCGCUUGCAUUCCAGCCAUAGCCGCCGUUAUGUGGUGGUCGCUCAAGCCGCAGGCAUCGAAACCAUGAUCAAUGACUGAAGGGACUGCGUACAGUUCGUGUGCAAGAGCCCACUGCGGAAGAUCGGUUCGUUGUGCAUAGUUUUCGUGUGCUUUUUUUUUCUUUGAAAAUUGUGGAAAAAAACAUAAAUCAUAAAACGUUCAGAUUUUAUGUGCUGUGAUUUGUGUGUGUGUGUGUGUGUGUGUGUAGUGUUAUCGCCUUGGUGUGUUCUUACACCGUUCCAGAAACAGGGAAGUGUUUGGUAGAAUAAUAAAUGCCCGGUGUCGUAAAUGUCCGGUGUGUUCGACAGUGAAGUGCGUACGUUUGUGUUUAAAUGUAAAUUGAAAAAAAAACACAAAACAAAAAGGCAUUCAAUUCGUCCAGGAAGUACCGUCUUCGUGGCAAAACGGAUGUGAAAAGGAAAUGGCUAGAGAAGAAAGGCAAAUGUGUAAAGAAUUGCGUGUAAAGCAAGGAAAAUAAUAAAUAAAAAUGUGUACAGUGCAAGUGUUGUAAAAGUGGUUUGUUUUGUACGAGAAAAAAAAAUGCAAUUAGGAAGCUGUAUUUCUGUGUUCAUUCUAAUACUACCAAUGGUAAACAAGAGGACAUUUGGUUCGCAAAAACGGGCUCCAAAUAGGUCAUAGUGAGCAGCAAAAAAAGCAAAAAUAAAUCGUUUUGUGAAAUAUACUUGAUGUGUAGUGUUCACUGCCUGUGUUGCAGUUGGUACGUUUGUGAAUAAAUAAAAGCUACAACCCGCACGUGCACACAAGAUGGGUCUUGCAUCGUCAAAAGCCGUCAACAGCAUUGCCGUGUCGUCGCAUGCUACCGGCCCAGACAAGAGCAAUGGCCGGCUGAGCAAGGAUAGUGUGAUCGUCGAGACGAACUAUCCGUCGAUGUCGACGGAUAUUCAGCAGCCCUGUUCGAUACUUCCGUCACCGUCCGGUAGCAGCAGUAUCGAUACCUGGAAAACGUCAAGCUGUCACGUCCGUCAGGCUAGCAUACGAUCGCGUAACCUGCAGCCUAUGCCCGAUGCCGGUGAACUUGAUCGACGAUUUGCAAAAGUUUUGGCAUCUAUGGACCUUCCGCCGGACAAAGCUAAGUUGCUGAAAAAUUAUGACAACGAAAAAAAGUGGGACAUCAUAUGCGAUCAGGAAAUGGUCCAAGCAAAAGAUCCUCCAGCACACUAUCUCACCAAACUUCGCACCUAUCUCGACCCGAAGGCAUCCCGCAGUCACAGGAAACGCAAGAUGGUGGGCGAGUCCACAUCCACGCAGGUGUUGCGCGAUCUGGAAAUAUCACUCCGAACAAACCAUAUCGAAUGGGUGAAAGAAUUUCUGGACGAUGAAAAUCAAGGUCUCGAUGCACUGAUAGAUUACCUCAGCUUUCGGUUGGCGAUGAUGCGCCACGAGCAGCGAAUUUUGGAAGCAAAAUCCGAAUCCGACGAGGGUCUGACAACGAAAGAACCGGCAGCUAACAGCUCGUACGGCAGUAACGAAGCGAAUCAUAAAAUAGCACCGAACGGAUUCAUGCGUCCCGGUUUGGGUGACAUGUUGGAUAGCCCGAGUAUAAAGCGACGUUCGCGACACAUCGCCAAGCUAAACAUGGGACUCACCACGGAUGACAUUCACGUGUGCAUCAUGUGCAUGCGCGCCAUCAUGAACAACAAGUACGGAUUUAACAUGGUGAUCCAGCACCGGGAAGCGAUCAACUGUAUUGCGCUCAGCUUGAUACACAAAUCACUCCGCACCAAGGCACUGGUACUGGAGCUGCUGGCAGCGAUAUGUCUGGUGAAGGGUGGGCACGAGAUUAUCCUGUUCGCGUUUGACAACUUUAAGAAAGUUUGCUCCGAGCAGCGCCGGUUUCAAACGUUGAUGGAAUAUUUUAUGAACUACGAGCUGUUUAACAUCGACUUUAUGGUGGCGUGUAUGCAAUUCGUUAACAUCGUCGUACACUCGGUGGAGGAUAUGAAUUACCGUGUGCACCUGCAGUACGAGUUUACCGCGCUCGGUUUGGACGAGUAUCUGGAGAAGCUACGGCUGACGGAGUCGGAGGAGCUGCACGUUCAAAUUUCCGCCUAUCUGGACAAUGUGUUCGAUGUGGCCGCCCUCAUGGAGGAUAGUGAAACGAAAACGGCCGCCCUGGAGCGGGUGAACGAGCUGGAGGACGAACUUGGCCGGGCGCUGGAUCAGGCGAGCGAAAUCGAACGGGAGGCACUGUUUAAGCUGGGCGAGCUGGAAGCGGAACUGAGCCGGACGCGUAGCGAACGGGACGAUUUGUAUAACAAGCAGCUGGUGGUUGAGGAUGAAAUAGUUAAACUAAAGCGCGCACUGAAGCAGCACGAACAAGAAUCCCAAAGCAGACAGUCGAUGCUGCUCGAGCUGGAAAAUCUAACCAAAACACUACCGAAAGGUACGUCCAUUGCGGACGUAUCGAAUCUGCUGGCGAAGGGUGGCUUAUCCGAACUAAGCCCGACCGGUUCGGGUGCAGCUGGACAGCAACAAGCACCACCCAUACCACCACCACCCGCCCCACCCAUACCACCCUCGGCGGCAAAUGCACCAAUGCCUCCUCCACCACCCUGCCCACCAGCACCACCCGGUGGACUGCUCAACGGAAGUGGUGAACCACCGAAAGCACCACCGAAACCGCCCACAUUCAUACCAGUGCCACCGCCGAUGGGUGGACCGCACGGUGGUUACAAUGCACUGCACUGUACGGACGGUGCGAUGACCAUAAAGCGCAAGGUGCAGCCAAAAUAUAAGCUUCCCACGCUCAACUGGGUCGCGCUCAAACCGAACCAGGUGCGGGGUACGAUCUUUAACGAGCUCGAUGACGAGAAGCUGCAUCGGCAGAUUGAUUUUGUCGAUUUCGAGGAGCGGUUCAAGAUCGGUAUGGGCGGCCCGGUCAGCAACGGCAACUGUGAUAUGGAUGGGUUGACUGCGUUCCCCAGCAAACGGUUCAAGAAACCCGAGCACAUUUCCCUGCUCGAGCAUACGAGAUUGAGAAACAUUGCAAUAUCUCGAAGAAAGCUAGAAAUGCCGGCCGAAACCGUUAUCAAAGCGAUCAACAAUCUCGAUCUCAAGCUGCUGUCGCUGGAGAAUGUCGAACUGCUGCAAAAGAUGACACCGACCGAUCAGGAACAGAAGCUUUACAAAGAGUAUGUGAUAGAGAAGAAAGAUCUGAACCAGUUGACCGAGGAGGACAAGUUUAUGCUGCAGCUAACGAAGGUUGAGCGGAUCUCGUCGAAGCUGUCGAUUAUGAACUACAUCGGCAACUUCUUCGAAUGUUGGCAUCUCAUCAGUCCGCAAGUGUACUCGAUCAUGUCUGCAUCCUCAUCUAUAAAAUCCUCGAAAAAGUUCCGCGCCGUGCUGGAGGUGAUACUAGCAUUCGGUAACUAUCUGAACAGUAGCAAGCGUGGUCCGGCCUACGGGUUUAAGCUACAGUCGCUCGAUACACUGCUCGACACCAAGUCGAACGAUAAGCGCAUGAGCCUGAUGCACUAUAUAGUGGCCACUAUCAGGCAGAAAUUCCCCGAACUGAUGAACUUCGAUACGGAGCUGUUCUGUAUCGAUAAAGCCGCCCAGGUAUCGCUCGAGAUGCUCAUCUCGGACGUGAGCGAGCUCGAGAAGGGUAUGGAAACGGUACGCAAGGAAGCGGAUUUACGGGGCAAAGGUACCCAAAGCCACGUGUUGCGCGAUUUCUUAGCCAACUCCGAGGAGAAGCUAAAGAAAAUCAAAACCGACUGCAAAACGGCACAGGAAUCGUUCAAAGAAUGCAUCGAAUACUUUGGCGAAUCAUCACGAAAUGCGGAUGCAAAUGCGUUCUUCUCACUGCUAGUCCGAUUCGUACGAGCAUUUAAGGUCUGUGAUCAGGAAAAUGAACAACGGCGCCGGUUAGAGGCAGCUGCUUUACAGGCGUCCGCUAAAAAGGACGAAGAGGAGCAAGUGGUGCUACGGAACAACAAAAUCAAUAAUCAAAAGAAGCAACAGGAAGCAGUCAUCAACGAGCUUAAGCUGAAAGCACACGCUGUGCGUGAAAAGAAGCUACUGCAGCAGGACGAAGUGUACAACGGUGCGCUGGAAGACAUUCUGCUGGGGCUGAAGAACGAACCCUACCGGCGUGCGGAUGCAGUGCGAAGGAGUCAACGCCGGCGAAUAGAUAGUAACAGGCUUUCGCGAACGAUGGAAGAGGUAGAAGUGUAAGGAUCGUGACGUUACCGAUCAGUUCAGCUUGCAAAAGAUGUAAAAGAUGUAAAAUACUGCCUAAGCUGAAUACGCCCGUACGAACACAGGUACUAUUUCACCGUGAGCAUUGUAUGUAUGAGUUAAGGGAACAUUUUGUAUAUGGUUUUAAGUGUAUCAAUUGUUCGCAUUGUAUCAUAUUCGUUCGAAAAUGUACAUAGUUGAUUUUAAUGCAGUAGUUCAAACAGACAGGAGAAAGUGUGUUAAACAUUGGCGAUGUUUCUCUUUUUUUUACAUGGAUUGUUCCUAAUAAUUUUAUAUUAAGAAAUCCAUAUCAUUUGGAACGAAUGCGUUGGAGAGGGGAUUUUUGUUUUAUCACAGUGUAUCCGCGCAGAGAGCAACCUGGCGAAUGACAAUAUAAUACAGCAAACGCACAUUCCAUUCACAUGCGCUUUAUGCUUUAGCAUAAAUUCGUUGCAUUUAAUGGAGAGAACAGGGAGACGAAAAAUAAAUAGUUACAACAUUACAAAAAAUAUUACAAAAUCGAAAACACAAUAUACGCACACAAACGUUUGUAGUAAUGUAAUGAAACGAUUUCAAGAUUGUUUUGUAACUUGAAACAUGUGAGGAAAUAUAUUUUUACGAAGCGCUGAUUUCAAAUUAGCUCUAUUUGGUAAAAGGGCUUUUACGAUGCAAAAAAAGGAAACAGAACGAAACGUAAUGAACAGUGAUAAUCAUGCCAGUCAGGAACGAAAAACAAAAACACACACACACAAAAGCCUUUUGCAAAAUGCACAAAAAGCAAACAAAAGCCUCAAGGACUGAAUCGAAAAUGUGAAUCUUUUUUGAACGGUUUUUUGCACCAAUCUGCUAGCGAUAGAAAUUUAACCAUUUUACAUACGUCCAACAAUGCAUGACAGCACACAAGUCUGGUAUUAAAACGACACGAUACGAAACGAAAUCAGAUGGAAAUGAUUUGAAUUAAACGGUGCUUACAAAAGUUGAAGAACAGGGGGCAGGUGAAAGAACGUUUUUAGACAUUGGAUAGGGAAAGUGGGAAAAGCAUUUAAGCGAGUGUAUAAAGUUUUGAUAAAAAAACGAAACAAACGAACAAGUAUGUACCAUUUUCACAUGAUAUUCUUGUAAAACGAUAUGUACCACUUUUGCAAACCCUUUUUUUGCUUCAAUAUAUACACAAACUAAGCUACAAUA